CUCUCCUCCCUCUCUCCUCUCCUCUCUCAGUCAAGCCUGCUCUGUGAGCACUUAGAUGGAAUAGCAGCAUUUUUCCUCUCUGGUGUCACUGGUGGAAAACUGGGAACAAGGUGCUUUUUUUGAAGGGGGAUAAAUCACAUCUGUGUUUUUCAAGUGGGGACAGAACUGGAGGAAGCUCCUGUAAGGCACUGGUGACUGGUCGGGGUUCCUGAGCGGUGCAGUCAUGGGCAGGCCGGAGGGGUUGGCCAGGCCACCUCUGGUGUUAGCUAUGGCGCUCCUGGCUCUCUCUCUCGUCUCCACGGGGGUCUCCAGCCUCCCACAGCCGCUGCCAAGAGUCUUCCUCUCCUUUGAAGACCUGACGGCCUCCCAGUCCUUUGAACACUACAGCAUAUCAGACAAGGCCAUGGACUACAGGAUCCUGCAGAUGGACGAGGACCAGGACAGGAUGUAUGUGGGCUGCAAAGACCAUGUCCUCUCCAUGGACAUCAACAACAUCACCCAUGGCACACUAAAGGUAUUUUGGCCUGCGUCUACAAGUAAGAUAGAGGAGUGCCAAAUGGCAGGAAAGGACCCUACGCACGGCUGUGGGAACUUCAUCCGGGUGGUGCAGCCUUACAACAGAACUCAUCUGUUCAUGUGUGGCAGCGGAGCGUACAGUCCCGUCUGCGUGUACAUCAACAGGGGCCGCAGACCAGAGGAACAAGUUUUUCACAUCGACUCGAGGACCGAAUCUGGAAAAGGGCGGUGCUCCUUCAACCCUCAAGUGAACACAGUCUCCGUCAUGCUCAACCAGGAGCUGUUCUCAGGCAUGUACAUUGACUUCAUGGGGACAGAUGCUGCCAUCUUCAGGAGCCUGACCAAGAGAAAUGCAGUGCGGACAGAUCAGCACAACUCUAAGUGGCUUAGUGAGCCGAUCUUCAUCGACGCCCACCUGAUACCAGACGGAACAGACCCCAAUGACGCCAAACUCUAUUUCUUCUUCCGUGAGAGGCUGACGGAUAACAGUGGAAACACUAAAAAUAUCCACACCAUGGUGGCCAGAGUGUGUCCAAGUGACAUUGGAGGACAGCGCAGCCUGGUGAACAAAUGGACCACGUUUCUCAAGGCCAGGAUGGUGUGUUCGGUUCUGGAGGAGGACGGCACGGAAACUCACUUUGACGAACUGGAAAAUGUGUUUUUGCUGGAAAGCGAUCAGCCCAAGGGCCUGUUGGUGUUUGGAGUCUUCACAUCCACAAGCUCCGUGUUUAAAGGCUCGGCAGUGUGUGUGUACAACAUGGCCGACAUCCUCACAGUCUUCAACGGGCCCUUCGCUCACAGAGAGGGGCCCAACUUUCAGUGGGUGGCGUUCCAGGGACGCAUCCCAUACCCAAGGCCCGGAACUUGUCCCGGUGGAGCCUUCACACCUGACAUCCAUACGACAAAGGAGUUCCCAGAUGAUGUGGUGACCUUCGUACGGAACCACCCGGUCAUGUUCAACCCCAUCUACCCCGUGGGGAGGAGACCUCUGGUGGUUCGGACCAACGCUGACUACAAAUACACAUCGGUGGCAGUGGACCAGGUCCUGGCUGCCGACGGCAACUACCAAGUGUUGUUCCUGGGCACAGACAAAGGUACAGUACAGAAGGUAAUUGUGCUGCCAAGCAAUCAAUCCCUGCAUGAAGAUCUGAUCCUGGAGGAGCUGGAAGUGUUUAAGAAUCAAGCUCCUGUUACAAACUUGAGAAUAUCCUCAAAGAAACAACAGCUGUACGUCAGCUCCGAGUUCGGGGUCUCGCAGGUCUCCCUGCACCGUUGCCACGCUUACGGCUCGGCUUGCGCUGACUGCUGCCUCGCCAGAGACCCCUACUGCGCCUGGGACGGACUCAGCUGCUCCCGCUUCUACCCCACCGGCAAAAGGAGGAGCAGACGGCAGGACAUUAUGCACGGAAAUCCGCUCACUCAGUGCAGAGGAUUCAAUCUAAAAGCCUACAGGAACGCAGUGGAGAUGACACAGUACGGCGUCAAGAACAACACCACCUUCCUGGAGUGUCUUCCCAAGUCUCCUCAGGCGUCUAUUCGCUGGCUCAUUCACAGAGACAAUGACAGGAGGAAAGAGGUGAAGCUGAGUGACCGCGUCCUCUCCACGGAGCACGGCCUCCUCAUCCGCUCCGUCCAGCUGUCCGACCAGGGCCUCUACUACUGCCUGACCACAGAGAACAGCUUCAAGCGCACCGUCGCCAAGAUCCGCCUGCGAGUGCUGAGCGAGGCCAUGGUGAGCGUGCUGACGGACAAACAGCAGUCGCCGUGGGCCUGGGCCAGCUCGUUGCACCCGAAGACCCUCCUGGCAGCCUUCAGUCCGGCGGAGAGCUUGGCCGUGCAGCAGUACUGCAAAGAGAGGAAGGAGAUGCAGAACCUCCAGCAGAGACAGCAGCCGCCUCAGCCACCAGGGCCUCUCAGGGGGGACCUUGCCAAACUGAAGCCCCUGCUGGACCGGAGGAAGAUUCGCAACCGGCGCAAUCACCUCCCAGAGGUCUGACACAGGGGAGGUGCAGACACUGACGCGAAAACCCUUCUCUGUUUCUAUCCCCUCAUUAUCCGACUCUCAUCUCAAACUGCAGAGCUGCACUGUGGAUGUACAGUAAAACGAGGAGGUGGGUGCAGGGAGUUGUUAUUCGGCAAUAUCUCUUUUUCUUGCAUGAGGUUCUGUGACCAGAUGGCUGUGACACACACUAGUACACACGCACAGGCACCCAGGAGCAAUUUAUUUGCUGUUGCAGUCACAACCCAAACUGAAGUGGCCCUGUUAUGAGUGCCACUAAUAAACUGCAGUUGGUAUUGCUUAUGAUAAUACACCCUGAGACGCAGCUACGGUCGAUGAUCGUAUCAUAUUUUAGAUAUUAGAGGGGAAAUUGGACUGGCCAGAUAUUAGCUCACAAUGGAUUUGUUCACAAACAGAGGAAGUAAUUUGAAAUCACAACAGUAAAUAGGGGAGAUUGAAAAGGGACAAAAGGGAGAUUGAUGCAUGCUUGAGAGUGAGCGCCCUCUCAAAGUAUAAUAUCAGUAUUUUAUUAGAUUCUACUCACAUUUCUGUAUUUACUUUGAACUAACAAAGUUGUCUCUGCUCUGUGAAAUGACUGAAAGCGGUUCGUGGGCACAUGUAGGGUAAUAAAAAGUCAAUUUAUGAGAGAAAUAUGUUUUAUUUUCUCAUGGAUUGACUGCCUCACGCAGUAUCUGCAAUAGCACUGUUAAUACAAAGUGCUGAUGAUAAGUGGUACCGAUAAAAAGUGUUUCAUUACAGCGCUGUAAAUUUAAAAGGAUUUAGUUCAAAGGCUGACUUAAAGGGGAAGUUUGAUAUUUUUCAACCUGGACUUUGUUUUCCCAUGUUGUUGUGUCAAAGUGAAUUUUGGGUUCAACAAGUUUUGAAAGGGGUUCAGUACUGAGCGAGAAGGCUGCAGCUGCCAGCGGCUAAAAAGGCUGUCAUGUAACCAGUUGGGGCAUUUGUGCACCGUCAGUUUAUGUCUACUAACAGUGCUUGUUUUUGCUACUGACAGGCUGAGAUUGUUAUAGUAAGUGUUUGACAGCUGAUGGAAAGGAUCCCUACGGAGAUGGACGUUUUUUUUAAUCCAGUAAUAGUGCCAAAAUUGCCACCACCAAACCCACCAGACGCCAUUUAAAUAAAUGGUAAUUUUGUCAUUGUAAAACACACUCCAUUUAAAGUUGACAGAAAAAUUCAGAACUCACAAAAACCAUCUUGGUUUGUCUUUCGACUGUUCCAACAAUCGUCUAUUCUGGUAUGGUUGAAAUUAACCCUCAAUUCACCAAGUUAGAUGUGAAAAUAUGCUGGCUCUAAACACCCUUAAAUUACUGCUUAUUGAAAUGGAGUCUGGUGGGUUUGGUGUUGGCGAUUUUUGGGGCUGUUUCUCAAAAGGUCUAUCUGUGGGGAUUAUUCAAAAAUGUUAUCGAACUCACUCGGGGAAACUAUGCACCGUCAAUUCAUGUCCACUAAAAGUGUUCAGAUUAUUAUUCUAUGAAAAGGAUCCCUACAGAGAUAGACCUUUUUGUUAGAGCAUGAGUUUGUUUAGCUACAAACAGCCCCGAAAUCACCAUCACUAAAACCAGACACUAUUUAAAUAAAAUUUUAGCCUAAAUAGAGCCAGCGUAAUUUCACAUUUAACUGAAUAAAUUGAGGUUUUAUUUCAAGACAAAGCAAGACAUCUGUUGUGAGUUUUAGUUUGCUUCUGUUGACUCUUAAGUCCAGUUUCCACCAAACACUUUCAGUAUGGUACCUUUGGAACCAAAAGUAACCCUUCAGACAUGGUACCUAGACCCUGGUGUUUCCACCACAAACAGUACUCUUAAAUGUGGGCGUGGUUGUUGUCACUCACUGGGGACGGUAUGGAAUGGUUCCAUUGGCACCAUCUGCAACUUUUCACAGCGGAAACGGAAAAUAAGUGUACCAGACCGAAAUGAACCGUACUGUACAGCUCAGUGGAAACAGACUUGAAUGAAGUCUGUUUUACGAUAACAAAAUUAGUGUUUAAUAAAAAGGAGUCUGUUGGGUUUGGCGAUGACAAUUUUGAGGCUGUUUCUCGUUUAACAAAAAGGUCUAUCUCUGUAGGGAUCCUUUUUAUAAUGUCAACAGACAAAACCUGAAAAUAGGGUCCAGGUUGAAAAUUUUAAAGUUACCCAUUAAGAUCCAGUGCUGAUUCUACCCAAACAGAUUAACAGUAAAAUACUGAGUAGAACAUAAAAUUCUUACACAGUCUCUACUGUAUUUAUUCCUAUUACUCAGACAUACACGUAAGAGAAUCUGCCUCACUGUAAUUCAGCUGCAGAUUGUAUCAUACUUCUCUUGUUUCUUGCACAGAAGCAUGUUUAUAGAAAUCCAUCAGUAACGUAGAAGCAUCUUAAUCCUUGCCUGGAUUAGAUUUAGCACAAUUUAGUUUUACAGCAUAGUUUACAUCCCACGGUAGAUGCUGAAACAUGACAACAUCCUUCUUUGGAUCCACAUUUUCCACAUUGUCCACAGCGAAGUGGGCACCUUUAAUUCAGAAAUAAUAAUUAAUUGACAUAUGUGAAUAGACUUUUGUUUCCUGAGGCGUAGUUAAUGUAGAUAGAGGUUAUUUGUUGCUUGUGUACAGAGUAUGUUUUUGUUCCUUUCCUCCUUUUUAAUUUAAUGUUGUGCAGGUGUUUUUGUGAAAAUGUGUAUAUAAUUUCAACAUAUUUCACCAGCUAUGACUGUAUCUGCAAAUUGCAGAGACAUACAGUGUUAUUUUCAUUUUGAAAAAACAAAGACUUUCUAGCUGUACCUUCCCUCUAAACAGAUCUCUGCUCCGCGUUUAAUAAAGCUGUGUGACCGGCAUCAUGUCAACUUCAACUCAGUGUAAUUUCGGUGUUAUGAAACAUAUGUAUUUCUAUUUAUUAAUGUCAUGAUAGCCUGAAUAAAUCUGUGCAGAUGAAUCUCAA